CGGCGCUGUGAUUAAGACCAAACGCACCUCCUGACGCGCUGCUUGCACGUCGCUUUUCCGGCAUGCUUCUGUAAAGACGCUGAUCGUUCAAAGCAUGGCGAUGAGUCAUUUGGGCCUGCUGCGGCCUGUGCUGCAUCAGUCCCUGGUGCAAGUGCUGAGGUCUCCUGUCGUGGCCACUGCCAGAGUCAGUGCACCUCUUCUCUGCCACCAUGCCACGCACUUCCCCGCCCCCUGCACCAGGCUCUACGCCACCAAGAAGGCAAAAGCUAAGGCAAAGGGCCAGGCAGCUAAGGUGAACAUUAAUUCGGCUCUGGUGGAGGACAUCAUCAGUCUGGAUGAAGUGAAGGAGGACAUGACAGCUGUUCUCAAUACGCUCAAAGAUGACUUCACACGCAGCCUGAACAUCCGAACCUCGCCAGGAGCUCUGGAUCACAUUGUGGUGACCACUAAAGAUGGGAAGUUCCCCCUCAACCAGCUGGGUCAGAUCUCCAUGAAAUCUCCUCAGCUCAUACUGGUCAACAUGAGCAGCUUCCCUGAGGCUAUGACAGCUGCCACCCAGGCCCUGAGACAGAGUAGUAUGAACCUAAAUCCAGAGGUGGAGGGGACUAUCAUCAAGGUGCCCGUACCAAAAGUAACCCGGGAGCACCGCGAGAACCUCGCCAAGGUGGCCAAACAGCUGAGCAACAAGGCCAAAGAUUCACUGAGGAGAAUUCGCUCAAACGCCGUCGCACACGUCAAAAAGGUCAAAGAAGGACACUCAGAAGACACCAUACGACUCAUAGAAAAACAGCUCCAGCAAAUGGCAGACAGCACCGCGGUGGACAUCGACAAACAACUAGCAACCAAGACCAAGGAGCUGCUCGGUUGAAUGUGACGGUUCACAACAACAAAAAACAGAAACGGAUCUUUUUUUUAAGACUGUACUGUCUCGUUACAACUGUACUUACGGAUAUGAACAUAUUACAGCAGCACAACACGUAUUGUUGUUAUCAUAUUGAUAAUAGAGAGUGACUGGAGGAGGUUGGGUGAUAGUUUUAUGGAGGCAACUGAGUGGGAAUGGAUCUUCAGUCUAAUAAUCCAUGUUUGGGUUCCCUUGUUAGACACUGAGGUUCAGAUGACCUCAUUACUGGCAAAGUCCUUGUCUUCAGUGCUGGUCGAUAUCUGAGUUUAAAUGUCAAUGCAUAAAUAAAAAUUGGCGUGGAAACAACAGCGACAGACUGCCAGUCACCUCCCCCCCCUCCCCCCUCCCUUGUUACUCUUCCUGUCUUCAAACAAACACGGAGCACGGGAUGAAUGGACUUUUAAUGGGAUUUGCGGACCUCCUCCUAAUCAAACCCCUUGCCACAAGGGCUGUCUGUUUAUAUAAAACAAGCGCACCCGUCUGGAUGUAAACUGGCUGUGGGUUUGUCUUGGUGGCGAGAGCGAGCGAAGGAGGGAGAGUUUGUUCCAGAAAUGCAGGAGCCGCCUGAGCAGAUAUCAUUAGCGUGUUGCCAAACAUUUGUUUCACAUUGAUUCGAGUCUGUAAAGAAGAAAAAAAAAAAAAAAAAGAAACGCACUUGAGAAAAAAGCUCUUUAAUUUCUGCCCAUGUCUAGGAUUGAUAA